UGCUUCAACAGCGUCUCCCGACAAACGAGCAAACCAAUCAGUCAGUCAGUCAGUCGGUCAGUCGUUUUUUCUCAACCCUGAUAGCCAUCCAGAACCUGUCCUCCACCUCUGGCGGAUACAGCACAUCCCACCACACUAUGGCGGUCUUUCCCUCCCUUCCACUGCUCUCGUUAUGUGUCUUCACGGCCCGCUCCACCAGCUUCAUGAUGUCGUACUGAUGGCACUUGCGAUGCCCAGAUGCCGACAGGGCCACAGGGCCGCUGUCGGCAGAGGAGGGAGGGGCGGGGGAGGGGGAGGGGGAAGGUGGGCUGCUUGCGGCCGUGUGGUCAUCUUGGUACUUGGGAUGCCGCCGCAGUGCUUCUUGUGGCGGCCUGCCGUGCUCCAAGAGCAGCAUCUGGCCACCUGGACGACACACCCUGAGUGCAAGAGACCGACAGACACAAAUGCACCUCCCUGUUUGGUUUUGGCUUCCACUUCGUUCACCUGAGCAGGUCCAUGAGCAGCAGGUGCGGCUCCUCCAGGCAGCACAGCACCUCACAGCUGACCACCGAGUCGAAGGCCUCGGCUGGGAAUGGCAGCGGCAGACCGGCCGUGUCCUCAACAUUGACGUUCACAAAUCGGAAAGGCACCGCGCGUUCGGAUAGCUUCAGCAGAAGGCUGCGGUGUGAGAUGGCCUCGGUGCCUGUGAGCUGGCAGGGGGACUUCCGGCGCAUCAUGCGUGUCGGAUGCAGCGGGUCGAAGUCAGCCGGCAGCUGCAUGGGCUUCCGGUCGACGGCUGUGAGGGAGCUGACCUGAGCCAUGUCGUAGUGGCCCAACGACGGCGCUGAUUCACCAAUCCCAACUUCUAGAACGUCGCCUUUUGCUCGCCGAUAGAGAUCCUUCUCAACGGCCUGCACAUCACAGAACACUCAUACAACGCAAGUGUGCCUCUGUUGGUACCUCUUUACCUUUUUCUGCUGAAUGCAUUCGGCCCAUUCCAGGAACCUCCUCUCCUCACCUGUCAGCUCAGGGGACAGAUCCCACCUCACAUCAGCGUCACCUCUGGGCUGCCCAGCAUGCUGAAAUGGUGGCACGGACUGCUUCGCAGGCAUGCCGGCAUCCACUUUCUUCCCAUUACUCUCACAGAGAGCUGUUGUGGUGGGACGCAGGACACUCAUGAGGGGGAGGGCUGCUGCUGCUGUGACGCAGGUGACCGUUGAAAAGCGGCUGCUCGUUGUGGAGAAAGGCCUCCUUGAGCGUGGCCUCGUGGACGCGUGAAAGAUCUACACGGAUGAUCCGUCGAUUCAUCGGUAUGAUUUCAUCCUUUUUCAUUCACCUUGAAAAGCAGCCGGACGCUGCGCAUCUGCUGCGGUUCUCUUGUCC